CUUAGUGUUAAAAAUUUACCGACACCUUUCCUUAACUUUAUUUUUUAUGUUGUUUUCGUUCGUUGAAUGUUUCAGUAGCAGAAGACAGAACACACGUUCCAUGUGUAAACAAACUUAGAGGAUGGGAAGCAUGUUGUAGAAAGCUGGUUUGAUUGCAUUGCGAUUAUUAUGAGAAAGUGGAAGAGAGUGGCUGUUCACGCAGACCUACUUAGGUUUUUUUACGGAUUGCAGCUUUCCUCUUCCUGAAGCAUGACUAUUACCGGUUACCUCUUACAUCGAGAGAGGCUUGACGCUUUAUACACAGAAGUUGCAUUCGUCGCGUACUGCUGUUGUCGAGGAAGUGCUGAGUUCGAAAAAUCUGUCAGGAAUAAUCAAAAGUGUUGGCCUUUUUUUUUCCCCUUUAAUUUUUAUGCCUGAAACUGCAUACCGGAUUUAAGUCUUGAAAAUGGAAAUACUUGUUCACACAUUUUACGAAAUUAGUUUUUUGAAGAUUGUAUUUAGUCUGAUGACACUUUUUAUGAUAAUUGGCGGUGGUUUGAUGAAUAACAUAGAACACUUUUUACCUGUCUUCUUCACUCAAACUUUUCGAUAUGGAAAAUUUGCAUAUCGAGGAAAACCUUCCAGCUUAAAGCUUAUUGAAGUUCCUAAAAGGUGGUUCAAACACUUUUACGUGUUCGGCGCAGUGUACACAACACUUGCUAUGGCCACUGCAUUCUACGUUUACUUCCUCUCCGGAACGUCACCGAGCUACCUGAGUGCACUGUUGGACUUGCUGACUUCGCGGGACAGGAAAGCUUCUGGCAGUGCCGAGUCGUGUUUCCUCGCGCUGUGCCUGCUCACGAUACACACGUGGCAUCGCCUGUAUGAGACCUGGUGCGUCAGCAUCUUCUCAGAGUCCCGAAUCAAUAUUGCCCACUACGUCGUCGGCUACCUCCACUACUUUGGCUCCGUCUCCGCCAUCCUUGCCGAGUCACCGGGCUUCACAAACACCAAAGAUUUGAAUGCAACGUUCAGGCUGAAAGACAUCACGUCACUGGACAUAUACGGCUGUGCAUUGUUCCUGUGGGCAUGCUAUCACCAGUACAAGUGUGCCGUCAUCCUUGCCAACUUGAGGAAGAAUCAUAAAGGCGAGGUGGUGACGUACGAGCACCGGAUACCUCACGGGGACUGGUUCGAGCUGGUCUCCUCCCCGCACCUGCUGAGUGAGGUGCUAAUGUACCUGGCCCUGGCCCUGGUUCUGCGGGGCUCUCACACGUGGCUCUUCGUGUUCCUGUGGGUGUUCUGCAACCAGGUUGAAUCGGCCCUCUUAGCACACUGGUGGUAUUUGUCCAAUUUCAAAGACUAUCCAAAGCAGCGAAGAGCAAUUCUACCAUACAUUUUGUAAAUGAACAAGAUAACAUAUUUUUAUAUUAUAUCAUUAUAUGUAUAUAUUGGUGAGUUGUUUGUAUACAAGAAAUUAAAGAUUUUAAUUAUGUUAUGUAA